AUUGGGAGCAGUGUGAGCCAUCAAAGGGAGACCCAUUGCAGUCGCACGUCAGAGACCAUCGCGAGAGAGUGUGUCGGUUUCAGCAGCAGCAGCAGCAAAUCGUGCAAAGUUGUCAGGCAGCAGCGCAGCACCAUGGCGAUGGAUUCAUCCUUCACAUGGCUCCGGCCAGCUACUGAAAUGGAGGAACUAAUGGACUGUGCUAACAAGAAAGGACUUUUCGUCACCGUGUAUGGGCUGACACUUCGUUCCAACGUGCCUCUCACCGACAGUCACAUCGAGGAGGCGCUUCAUCACACCUUCAGGAAAGUGCCCAGUCUGAGGACGUGCUUCAGGAAGCGUGGAGAAACCCUGUGGAUGUGUAGCAUGAACCACGAGCAACUUGAUUUUCAGGUACUAGACACACGGGAGGUGGUUCCUGCCUUGGAAGCGUUACUUCACUAUCGUUUCCCGACCACCGAGGGUCCCUUGUGGUGUGCCCGCCUUCUUCAUUCCGGAGACCUUGGCCAUUGUUCCCGGCAUGAUCUAGCAACUACCUUCCCCCACAGCCGCACACUACUGCUGGCCAACCAUCACGGCAUCGCUGACGGCACAACAAACAUGUUUGUGACUGACUCAUUCCUCCGCAUACUGGACGACGUGCUUGCCGGCAAACCAGUCGACGAUACAGUACAGUUUGGUAAAGUGGUUGCCGGGGAAGAGACCAAAGCUUUACUGGCGGCGAAAAUGGAAGAACUGACGAAGGACAAAGACAGUUUUAAGCAGCUUCAAAAUGAUCUUAAAAAUGCAGCUCAAGCUGAAAAGCUUAUUCCACAAGCUUAUCCUAUGCCCAGAGAUCCCAAUUACAAGUGCCAGAUAGUUCUGCGGGAUCUGGACAAAGAAAGCACCAUGUGCUUCAUCAAAAAGUGCAAGCAGGAGGGAGUCACUGUGAACAGUGGGCUGGCGUCGGUGUUCAACGUGAGUCUCGUCGAUUUCGUGCGGGAAGGAGGUCUACAGCAAGACUUUUACCGUAUCCGUGAAUUGCAUACCGUUAGCCUGAGACGCAACUGGUCAGGAGACACUUCGGGCACCUUAGGUGUUCACAUGAUGCCAUUCGAGAACAAAAUUUCGACACCAGCCAGGUGGCAGAACAAUUUUUGGGAGUACGCCAGAGACAUGCAUAAAUCCCUCACUCAAGCCAUUCAAAGAAACAACGCAUUCUUGUACGUGUUGUUAUCGUCAGAUGAAGGCAGUAUGGACGAUCACUUCAAAGAGCGGCCCAUGCCAGAGUGUGACUACGGCUCAGCCAACAUGGGGAAUGUAGACCGUCUCAUCCCGACAGAGGGUCAACACGUGCGGCUGGCGCAUCUUCUCAGGGUCACCUCAUGCUGGAACGAUCCCAUGUACUACAUGUUCCACACUUUACGUGGCUGUUUCAUGUACAGCUUAACCUACGCCAGUGACGUUCUCUCGCGGGAAAACGCUCAGAGAUUGGUUGACAAAACCUUUGACAACCUGAAGGCUGUGACGCAGAUGUAAGCAAAACAAGAAAUAAAUGGCUUGAGACAAUGUUGGCCAGAUGUAAGCAUUACAAUUAUUGUAAUGACUAAAAGGCAACAGAGCAUCAAACUUCACCAUCGUUAAAAUAAUAAUAAAAUAACAAUAAAAUAAAACCAAAAAAAAAAAUAUAUAUAUAUAUGUAACAAGUUCAAAUUUCUUUCCUUGUCACUGUUUGUAGUGACUUUCUUUAGCACCAUAGUGGUUGUUUUCUAUACAAGAAUAAAAUAAUUGUUUUUUUUAGCUUUCAUUUGGUGUGGAUGCCUUAUUUGUUUGUUCACUUCAUUUUCGCUUUGGAAACAAUUGCUCCUUAACUCCUUCAGUACUGGAACACAUUUUUACUUUGAAAUUUGUAUACAAUUAGACCAUUUUAUUGACAUUAGGAACUGUCUAUGGAGGUCAGAAGAUUAAUGGCCACAAUCUAAACUAUUCUAAUCCCACACAUGAGUUUCUGAAGCUGUGUAAAAUCACCAAAUAGUAAGCUAAAUGUAUAUGGAAACGAGUCAUGGUACUGAAGGGGUUAAAAUGAUUGGCUUUGGUAGAGUGCAACAGGGUGCAGCCAACACUCGCUUUUCUUUGCAGAGGAAACCAGAAUUUCUGCAGUGACUAUUCCCAGCCAUUAUCCAUUCCUAGCCUGGUUAGCAUGAAUAUAACAAUAAUGACAAAUAUCGAAAUAAAGUGAUACAUUAGGCGUGUACGUGGGCGCCCCUGUUCAUAGUGGUGAGAACAUAAGUUUAGGAAAAACAAGUGGUUUAAAAAGAAGCAAGUGUGAUUUUUCUUUUGCCUGGUAUCAUUUAUCUGAUUUUGUCUUGUUUGUUUGAGGGUUGUGUGUAUUUUCGUGUCACUGGAUAACUUGAACAUUUAUUGGGUAUUUGCAGUUACUAAAAAUUUGUGCUGUAUGCCAAUAAAUGUUGACAUACAGUUUUACUUGUGUGCAACAUGUCAACUUACAUCCAUCGGGUGUUUUCUCAAGGCAAAUAUAAUAUACUGUAGGAGCUUUGGAGUAAUAAACACACUUGGAGAA